AUGGGUGAUGCUGUGGUGAAGAGGCGUCCGAAAGUGUUCAAGUGCCAGUUUGAAGGAUGCGGGAAAGUGUUCAACCGUCCCUGCCUUCUGCAACAGCACCGGUCAUCGCACACGAACGAGAGGCCAUACGUCUGCGAUGAGUGUGGGAAGCGGUUUAUGCGGCCAUGCCAUUUAAGUGUGCACAAGUGGUCGCAUUCGCAAGUCAAGCCCAGGCAGUGUGAUUUUUGCGAGAAAGGGUUUGUCACUGGACAGCAGUUGAAGAGGCAUCUGGCGACGCAUGCGAAGAGGGCAGAGAAAUUGCUCGGUAUUGACACUAAGCGACAGCAGGUGCAGAAAGCUUUGGGUAUGAAGAAAAUAUACUCCCCCUGUACGGAUUUUAACUUGACGGGUUCUAGUAAAUCUCUUGUGGACUCCAAGGAAAGGCUGGACAAGACUCCCGAGUACACGACUGGUCCUCCGGACUUGCAGAAUGCUCUGCUGGACACCGGUGUACCCUUGCAACAUCUUGUGCCCUUCCAGUGCCCCUAUGACGACUGUUCCACCGUGUUGGGUCCACACGAUGAACUGAUCAGUCAUUUGCUCGAGAGUCACGUGGUCAGCAAGCUUACUGGAAUCUACGACGACCCGACGUUGAUGACGUACAUACCGACUCCUGAAAACUCGGUUGAGGGCGGGAUAGUGGAGGAUCCCCUACUGUGGAGCGACAUGGUUUGUAGAGAGCCCAGUUGCAGGGCUCUGUUACCCUUCCCCUCUGUGUUCGAGCUAAUAGAGCACUACGACCAGUGUCACGGGUUCAUCCCCUCCUCGCUGGUCAAGUACGGCUUCAUAACACUAUACGAGCCCGAGCAAGUUGUUAAGGAGGACGAUCAAGCAAGUUACAACAACGAUCCGCAACUUCUAGAACCACAGCGAACGGAUGCUCACCACCACAACCACCACAACCACAACCACAAACACCAGCUGACCAGAAAUAGGGAGGAUUUCCUACAAUAUUGA